AUGAAUUUGUUUGAAGUCGCUAAUUUUUACAUUGAUCGCAUUGUAAAUUCGAGUCCCAAAAACUCGUUGAAUGUUGUCGAUCAAUCGCGGGUGAAAGCCAUGCUACUUGAUAAGAACACCAUAGGUACUAUAUCAAUGUGUACCACACAAUCAGAACUUUUAGAGCAUGAGAUAUAUCUUGUUGAUACGAUCGAAAAUCAGCAAAGGGAUGUGAUGAGGCAUCUUAAAUGUUUGGUAUACGUGAAGCCAACUGAUGAAACUAUUGGAUUGCUUGUGCAAGAGCUCCAGAACCCGAAAUAUGGGGAGUAUCAGAUUUUCUUCAAUAAUACGGUCACAAAAUCGCAACUAGAAAGGCUUGCAGAGUGUGAUGACCUAGAAGUCGUGAAUAAAGUCGAAGAGAUUUUCCAGGACUAUCAAAUUUUGAAUGAAGAUCUUUUCUCAUUGGACAUGGCAGCGUCGCGACUGUUCUCCAAUCAUCUUGUUUGGGACCCGCAUGGACUCGAGGAUGUCACUCAUGGCUUAGUGUCCUUACUACUAUCAUUGAAAGUUAAGCCUGUGAUUCGAUAUGAGGCUGCAAGUCGGUUAUCAGCGAAGUUGGGGAAAGAAAUUCUUUAUGAGAUUGACAAGAAUGAGAAAAUACUCUUCGACUUCCCUCCAGUGGACUCCCCUCCUCAACUGUUUAUUCUAGACCGGAAAAAUGACCCUUUGACUCCACUACUACAACCUUGGACUUAUCAAUCAAUGAUCAACGAGUACAUCGGAAUCAAGAGAAACGUCGUUGAUUUAUCCAAGGUGCCAGAUUUGGAUCCAACUUUAAAACAAGUUGUUCUAUCAUCCAAACAAGAUGCAUUUUUUCAUGAUACUAUGUAUCUAAACUUCGGAGAAUUGGGCGAUAAAGUAAAGCAGUACGUUUCUAAUUAUAAAAACAAAACUAACUCGAACAGUCAAAUAAACACAAUCGAAGAUAUCAAGAGAUUCAUUGAGAAGUUUCCAGAGUUCAAAAAGCUCUCAGGGAACGUAUCUAAGCAUAUGGCUAUUGUUGGUGAGUUGGAUAGACAACUGCAGAUGAAGCGCAUAUGGGAUAUUAGUGAGGUCGAACAGAACAUUUCCGUUCAUGCAGAUGAUUCUCAAGACCAUCAAGAUCUCUUGAAGAUAAUGGCAGACCCUCAAAUCGAUUCGUUUUACAAAAUGAAACUUGCAUGCAUAAAUUCCUUAAGGAGCAAUAAUAGCACGAGGAUUAGCGAGAUAGCAAAUGCUUUGAAACAAGCCGUGUCGCCCGAAGACUUCAACUUUUAUCAUCAGUUUAACAGCCUCUUCAAUAAUGGUGCUAAUAGAAAAGCAGCUGGUAAUGAAAAGGAAGAUUUAAUAAGCGAAUUAACCAAAAAAUUCAAUCACAAAGGUGCCCACAAAGCGGACAACGUCUACAUGCAACACGAGCCUGCGCUUUCGAUACUGUUAAGCGAAAUAUCAAGGAACAAAGUUUCAGAAGAAAAAUAUCCAUCACUGGGAAAUGCAAACAUCAGAAACGCACCACAAGAUGUAAUAAUAUUCUUUGUUGGCGGUGUCACUUUCGAGGAAGCGCGUGUUGUGCAUCAAUUUAACGAGGUAUUUAGGAAAGAUGGCCGAAGAAUAAGGGUUGUUUUGGGUGGUACGACAGUUGUAAGUACAUCCGAUUAUAUUAAAUCUUGUCAAGAUUCAGGCCGUCAAAAUACAGAAUUGAAUGACUUAUUAUUAUAG